UAAGCUAUCUUAGGCUCGUGGUGAUGCGUGUACCCGCCUUGAUGAGGGGCCUUCUGGCGAUAUUCAUGGUGACAACACAUAUUGUGGUGUGUGUAGUGUAAUGCAGCACACCACAUCACACCACACCACACCACUAUUUGCACGUGAGGAGCAGCUCCCACACAGCAGCUCCUGAAGAAGUGAUAGUGAAGGAGAGCCAGGGUGGUGCAGGAGUGAAGGUUCCUUCCUCAGCAGCAGAUGAGAUAUGGAUGUUUGGGUGAAACUCAACGCAUCUACAGCAGGAAAGGAUAAACUGUUCAGGUUUGUCCAGUACCUGAGUCGCCUGGUGUGGCACAACCUGGAGAGCCGCAAGAACCUGAGGGACACGGUGGCCCGACUCAAGAUUAUUGAGAGCUCCUUCUCCACCUUCAGGAAGUUGCUGCGUCUGGGCAAGAGUCUAGAGGUGCUGCACGGUGCUUUACGAACCCUACACCUCCCAGAUGCCAUACUCCGCAUUACUCUCACCCUCUCCCGCAUCUACCAGUUCCUCUUCCUCCUGGCCGAUCACAUCAUCUGGUUCGGACGUGCCGGCUUGUGGGAGAUCGACAAGGAGAAGUGGUCGAAAGUCUCCAAUAAAUUCUGGCUGGGUUCCAUCAUCCUAAACCUCUUCCGUGAUGUGUACGAGAUUCUCACCAUUACUAAGAGGCGCAUGCGGUGUCUGGGGCCCCCGGUGUAUAUCUCCAGGAACAUGCUGGGGGUCAGGGAGGUGUGCAAGGCUGUCCCUGUGCUUCGACCCGUGGCAGAGUUCGCCGAGGAACACCGCGACGUCUUCUUCGAUAGUGUCAAGAACCUGUGUGACAUCUGGAUCCCAUUGACGUAUCUCGGGCACACCAAGCUGUCGCCCGGCACUGUGGGGUUCCUGGGCAGUGUGUCGUCACUGGCUGGUCUUGUGGCGGUGUUGGAUCCCCUGGCUAAGCUUGCGCCCGCCUAACCUGCUUGAUGUGCUGGAACAAAUGCAUUCCUUUUGUGUUUCUGAGUGUUUCACUCACAGGAUCUUUUGCAUCUAUACUUCUUGGUUAGUGCUCUGGUACAUUCUUUGAUGAGUUGAGUUGCCUAAUCUUGAUGUGCUAAAACUUAUGCAUUUCUUUUUUCUAAGAGCAUUUGGCCAGCAGUCUUUUCACUCACAGGAUCUUUCAUGCUUGGACAUGUUAGUUAAUUCCUCAGUACAUUUCCAGUUGAGGCUUGUGUCAAAAAUACAAAGGGGUGCAAACCAUAUCCAUCAUAUCCUCUCAUCCUCAUGUUAAUGUUAGUAAGGUUAGGAGGUUUGAUGGAUUAAAUACCUGUAUAUUGUAAGGUUAAACUCCACAGUAAACCCUCAGUAUAGCAAACCUUGAUAUAGCAAAUGUGGGGAUAUGAUUAACUGACCUUCCCAAAUAGUUUAUGUUGAGUUUCCCUGAAAAAUAACAGGUGAAAUACUCGCAUUGUGUUUGUGAAGACUCCGUAGUGACAGCAGACAGAUCUGUGGGUGAAGUAAUGGUAUAAUUUAGGGAGAGGAUGCAAGAAAGUUUGAAUUAAGACUGUGGUGAGGAAGAUAAAUUGUUACAUACUAAGUUUCAUUGAGGGGUAACUGAUGAAGUACUUGUUUAGCACUAAUGAAAGGACUCUGUAGAGAUGGCAAACUUAUCUGUGGGUGGAAUGACUAGUAGUCUAGAGAAAUUAUGCUAGAAUUAAUUAAGACUAUAGUGAGGGAGACAAAGCCAUGUUUUUGUGAUGUUUUUACGAGUAUAUUAGCAAAAAAAAAAAAAAAUGAGAAGGGCAAGACAGAGGAGAAAGAAAACAUAAGAAUGAAAGAAAAGUGAAGAAAGAAAGGAUAUGUGAAAAAAGAUAUACAUAGCUAGUGGCUGGGAUUGCAAAAGGAGACAUGUCUGUGAAUAUGUUAAGGGACAGAAUGUGUGGUCAUGCUCAUGUGUAUGCUUGUGGUUUCUUUAUGAAGGGAUAGAAUAAUGUAUACUAAUGUGUGUGUGUGUGUGUGUGUGUGUGUGUGUGUGUGUGUGUGUGGUGUUCCAAUAAUGUAACAUACAAGUGGUGUGUUUGUCAAGGGAGAGAAUAACGUGGUCUCAAUAAUGUGCAUGGAGUAAGAUUGGUGUAUGUUUUAUAUGUAUGAUUGACAUACAAGUGGUUAGAGGUGUUGUGACUAGUGGUUGAUAUGUUUGUUAUGUUUUAUUAAGGGGUAGAGAAUGUAGAAUUAUUUAGUCAUAUUGUCCUAGUCAGAAACUGUGGUGAUAUCUGUGAUGGUGGUGGUGGUGUGGUGUGAUGAUGUGAAGUUGUGUGUGUAUGUGUUGACAAACAAACAAGUAGAAAAAUGUAUCUGAAAAUGUGGAAAAACAUUCUUUGAUGGUAUCUAGUCGUGUGUGUGUGUGUGUGUGUGUGUGUGUGAAAGAGAAGUUAAGUAUGUGUGUAUGUAUGAGGGGCAAAUAGAAAAACAUACAUGAAAGUGAAAAAAAAAAGACAAUUAAAUGGUGACAUGUAUCUUUUUUAAUGCACAGUCUUUCAGUAUACAGUAUUUGUAUGGAAGGCAGGGCAGUGUGGCCUUGUUGCCUGAGUAUAGAGUGCUGUAUUAUUGCUACAGCACAUGAUCAAAAAGUGACUGUGCUGUAUGUUACUGCUACUGGAGAUGAUUAAGGUGUGACAGGGGCUGAGUGACAAAGGAAAAUGAAAUGUAAGUGUGUGCGUGUGUGUGUAGGUGGAAAUGAGUGAGCCUUUUUUUUUCCUAGGAUGUCUUUUCUUUCAGUGAGCCUUUUAUUUCCUCACUUUUUGUUGCCCUUAACCAGUCCCCUUAUACACAAAAAAUGCACUAAAAGAUUAUUAGAAGACAGUUUGGUUAUGGAAACCAUAACAUGGAACAUGGAAAUAUUUGAACUAUGGAUAUCAAGAGAAAAACUUAUUUAUGGACAUUUCACUGGUAGUUUUAAAAAUGUGUAGUGAGACUGUCCCUUUCCACCAGGGACUGAUGGGGCUGUGUGUGUGUGUGUGUGUGUGUGUGUGUGUGUGUGUGUGUGUGUGUGUGUGUGUGUGUGUGUGUGUGUGGUGGUUCGUCUGUUCUGCCCCGUGUGGGAUUGCUGGCCUGGUAUAUAGUGAAUAUUAAUUGAUAUCUGAAUUGUGAGUAUCAGAAGGACACAAGCCUGUAAAGGUGCUGCCAAAACUGAAGGUAUUAGCACAAUUGUAAACCCUUAUUAGUGUUCAUGACUUGUUAGUAUUAGGAAGUGUAUUAUUGUACCGAUGGUUUUUUGUUUAAGGCUUUCAGUGUUGUGAUGGUUAUUAUUAUUACAUUACUACAUC